AAGGAUGGUGAUAGCUUUGCAUGGAACCAGUCAGAUUGGCCGAUGCUUGUCUUUCCGGAAGAAAGAAUAACACGCCUGCCAGGGUGAUGAUUGAGUAUUGAAAGGCAUCUAAAUGUGACGAAGCAACGGACAACCCCCGACCUCCGCACCAUUCCCAAAACACAUCAAGAAACCCCGAAACCCCCUCCGUAUCUCAAUAAUUACUACUACCCAGCAUUAUAUCUCUCCUCCCCGCCUUAUCUUCCACCGGGACUACCGCUUCCCCCUCAAUGCUCCCCCGCGCCUCCCUCUCCGGCUUCCUCCCCCGCCGCGUCUUCUCCCUUACUGCUACCAGAAUGGCUUCUACCUCCGCAACUCCCGUCGAAGAUCUCAUUCGGGAGAAGCUUACAACCGCUUUCACCCCCUCCACCCUCGUCAUCCGCAAUGAUUCGCAUCUGCACGCACAUCAUAACGCCAUGCGCGGAUCGACUUCGAAAGAGACCCAUUUCCAUGUGACGAUUACCUCUCCCUCGUUCCAGUCGAAGCCCCAGCCUGCGCGCCAUCGUAUGGUCUAUGGUUUGUUGAAGGAGGAGAUGAGUCGCGAGGGUGGCAUCCAUGCGCUGCAGCUGCGGACAAAGACGCCGGAGGAGGAGCAAAGGGAGGAAGAGAGGAAGGCGGCGAAGGCUUGAUACAACAUACAGCAUAUACUUGAUACAGGAAAGGUUGAUGUUCUUUCAUUUGACUUGAUCUGCGAUACCCAUGAAUAAAUGCAUUAUACGGUCGAUCGAGUGCGUUCUGCAUACAGUUCGUACAUACAUCAAGGGAUAUUAUUAUUAUUAAGGUAGUCGGAUUAUUACAUGUUCUAGCGCCAAAGGUAGGGGCAACGAAGAGACUCUAAUAUAUACACUGCG